CAGAUUAUUGUGAAGAGUCUACAGAAGGAACUUGUCAGCCAUGGCUCACAGGAAGAGCUACACAUUUAGCCCUGGGCCAAAGGAGAAGCAACCAUCGUUCAGUGAUGAAGGAACAUUCAGGUUUCAUCCAGAGGAAAGUGAAGCGAGUCCUGCAUUGCCUGGUGGAGGACAGAUUCCAGGGAGCCCCGGAGGAGAUGAGUUUGUGUUUGUACAGGGCCAUGACGAUGUUUUCCAAGAGCUCCAGGACUCUGGAUCGAAAACGGCGACAGAUGACAUGACUAGAUCACCCUUGAAGGAAUCUACAAUGCAGACAAACGGUAAUAAUGCCUGCAACGUGGAAAGCUAUUAUUUCUUUGACGACAUUGUCACAAGUAAGCCUGAAAAAGCAAUGAAGGACAGAAACAACUUCAAAGACAUCUUUAAGAAGGUACUGAGUGAUAUUAGGUCAGGGAAAUCACCGAAAGCUGCUCGUACCAAAGCAGUGAGGCAAGACGGCACCACGGAAGGAAAUAAGUCAGAUGGGGGCAAGUCAAAGAUUCCUGGGAGACAGGAAAAGAGCCCAUGUAUCGGUCAGUUAGGUCAUAUUUCCGGAUCAGGAUCAGGUGCAAUUGGGAAACAGGAUAUAGAAACCUGUUCACAAAUGGAUAAUACUGAAACUGAAAGCAUGCUAGAAGAGGAUUGUUUGUCCAAUUCUUCUGAAACACAAAGUAUAGUUCGACCUGUGACACCUGGAAAUAUGUCUCAAGGAUAUUUAGAAUUAAGCAAUGACCACUUUGGAAAUGCAGCUGACUGUUCUUGUCAAGUUAGUCCUACAAAGUUAAAAGACUCUUCUGAAAAUGAUGGAAGCUCAAGUGAUCAAUCAAAGUUUUCACUUUGUGCCAAUGAUAGCUCUAAUAACAACCUUUGCAAUAGCUCUAAGACCUUCAUAGACACUGACUGGAUAUUUGGGACAUUUCCAUCUGACCAGAAGCAGUCCUAUCAAUCUAACAAUUCUCACAAUGAAGAUCCUCAAGAGCCGGUUACAGGCCAAAGCGACAGAACAGCAUCGACUGUUCAUUCUGUUCAAGAUGACAUAGCCGGUGAUAGUUCAUGUAGUGCAAUAGACGGUGCAAAAAAUUGUGUUCAAGUGCCGGAGAGCAAAAGUUGUUACAGUGCAAUAUCAAUAGAGGGUGAGGCUGACCUUAGUAAAGAUACUGAUGAAAACAAUGAGUACUCUAAUGAUGAUCUUGGGGACAACGUUGGAGGGAAAGAAACUGGUGCCAUCUCUGACAUCAAAGUUAGUUUAUGUGAGGAUGUUGCCGGUGAGAAAAAACCAAAGUCAGGUUGUGAGCUGGUGGUGGAUCGGGUCCAAUUCUCUCACGUGGUUUGGACUGUCAUGCGGUUCCUGAGUGACGCAGCCCUAGAGAAAGCAAGACGGACAUUCUCGGUUGGCGACGACCAGUUGAUGCGGAUACGCCAGCAGCAACCGGCCGGCGCCAAAUCCACCAACUCCAACUCGAACAUCUUUGCCUCGGUGAAGGAAGAAGACGAGGCGACAUCUGCCCCCCCUCCUCCCUCCUCCCCCUCGUUGCCAGGGCAACCUGCAGCCAAUCAGGAGAGUGCCUUUGAGGAUGUAUUCACGCCCAACUCGCUGACGGAAACGCAGAAGAAAGCUCGCAACAUGUAAGUCAUUGACUUGUUUAUACAUUGUAUUGUGUUUAUAGUACCGUGGUUUAGUAAUUCAUUCCCUUGACUUUCAUACAAGAGGUUGAGGUUUUGAACCUUUUCAUCUACAGUUGUCUCUUUUGACCCAGGUCAUCUUCAGUUGUCUCUUUUGACCCAGGUCAUCUACAGUUGUCUCUUUUGACCUAGGUCAUCUACAGUUGUCUCUUUUGACCCAGGUCAUCUUCAGUUGUCUCUUUCGACCCAGGUCAUCUACAGUUGUCUCUUUUGACCCAGGUCAUCUACAGUUGUCUCUUUUGACCCAGGUCAUCUUCAGUUGUCUCUUUUGACCCAGGUCAUCUACAGUUGUCUCUUUUGACCCAGGUCAUCUUCAGUUGUCUCUUUCGACCCAGGUCAUCUACAGUUGUCUCUUUUGACCCAGGUAUCUUAGAGUGGACCUGCCUCAUCUGCUUAGUGUUAGGGCAUCAGUCUCCAAGGAUUAAUCCAUUGACACUCUUGUGCAUUGGUAACAGGUUGUUGAAGCUAAAGCCAGGGUAAUAUUUUUGAAAGCAUUUUCAGAAGUGCUAAGGGAUAUUAUCGUUACUGUUGUUCUAUCUUUCAAAAAUUAAACUGUAAAUUCUCAAGCCAUGUAGUAAAAAAUAAAUGUACUGACUGGUUCAAGAAUUGCAUUGAAGCUUGUGAAAGCAUGAGUCCCCUCUUCGAGAUUUGAUA